GCAACCAAUCACCACUCCACAGUCAAUCCCCUCCCCUCCUCUCCUCUCCCCUCCCGUCUCCUCUGCUCUCAUCACCACCACACUUCGCUUCUCCUCCCAGCCCACCUCUCCUCUCCCCUUCCGGCGCGCGCGGCCGCCUGGUUCCUACACCGGCGGGUGCGCUGGCGGCCCCGGGGAUGACGAGGCGGUGCUCGCACUGCAGCCACAACGGCCACAACUCGCGGACGUGCCCCAACCGCGGGGUCAAGAUCUUCGGGGUGCGCCUCACCGAUGGAUCCAUCCGCAAGAGCGCCAGCAUGGGGAACCUCUCCCUGCUCGGGGGAUCCACCAGCGGCGGCGGCGGCGCAUCCCCCGCUGACGUCGGCCACGACGCCGCCGCAGAGGGCUACGCCUCUGACGACUUCGUGCAGGGAUCAUCAUCCGCCAACCGCGAGCGCAAGAAAGGGGUUCCUUGGACUGAAGAAGAACAUCGGAGGUUUUUGCUUGGAUUGCAGAAGCUUGGAAAGGGUGAUUGGCGAGGGAUCUCUCGUAAUUUUGUGGUCUCAAGAACACCUACUCAAGUAGCAAGCCAUGCUCAGAAAUAUUUUAUACGCCAAGCCAAUAUGAGCAGAAGGAAGAGAAGGUCUAGCCUCUUUGACUUGGUGCCUGAUGAGUCGGACCUGCCACCCCUUCCUGGUAAUCAAGAACCUGAGGCCCAGAUAUUGAAUCACCCACCAUUACCUCCACCCAUGGAGGAGGAGGAGGUAGAAUCUAUGGAGUCAGAUACUUCUGUCAUUGCAGAGAGUUCUUCAGCUUCUGCUAUCAUGCCUGAGAAUUUGCAGUCGAGCUAUCCGGUGCUAGUUCCAGCAUAUUUCUCACCAUUCUUGCAAUUCUCAGUUCCUUUCUGGCAAAAUCAGAAUGAUGGAGAUGAUCUUGGACAAGGGACACAUGAGAUUGUGAAGCCUGUUCCAGUUCAUUCAAAGAGUCCAAUCAAUGUUGAUGAACUGGUGGGCAUGUCUAAGCUAAGCAUAGGGGAUCCCAAGCAAGAUACAGUAUCUACCUCUCUUUCCUUAAAAAUGGUAGGAGGUCAAAAUAGACAAUCGGCUUUCCAGGCGAAUCUCCCAACGAGGGCUCAGGCGUGAGCCCCUCAGCACACAAACUGCACUUAGAUGAGCCCUGGCAAAAAUAAGCUUUGCCUCUUUUCCUUUUCUUUUCUUUUUAAGAUUAACUGUGGUCUGUAGUCUGUCCAAUGUACCCUGUGUUGUAAGUUAUGUUAUGUAUGGAUGCAUCUGUUGUUUGUAUGGCACAUGAUAUAUGCCCACUGCAUGUUGACAGAAUCAUUAAUGUUAGUGCUGAUCUCCAGGGUUGUACUGUAAACUCUUAUAUAAGAAAAAGAAAUAUCAGUCAGUUAUUGGACCUUU